CGGGACGUUUGACUUGCGGACGGAUUGUUGGUUUUCACUCUUGUUGGUGGGAUUUUUUUUUUAUUGGUGGUUGGUGCAAUUUCGUUGUUAUUAUAUUUGGUUUGAUUUGGUGGUAAGCUGGAGGCGAUAAGUGAGAUACGUUGCGGAGAAAUGAAGACUGAAUUUAGGAUAUGUUCAGCGUGCAAUGAGCCAAUCAGCGACAAAUUCCUGCUGGAAGUAUCAGGACGAAGCUGGCACGCCCGAUGCCUGAGAUGCUGCGUGUGCCAGCUUCAACUGGACCGACAACCGUCCUGCUUCAUCCGCGACAGAGCCAUCUAUUGUAAAUCCGACUAUGCCAAAAGUUUCGGAGCCAAGUGUUCGGUGUGCGCCCGCGGCAUCUCGUCCAGCGAUUGGGUGCGGAAGGCCAGAGACCACGUCUAUCAUCUGGCGUGCUUCUCGUGCGCCGCCUGCCACCGGCAACUCUCCACCGGCGAGGAGUUCGCCCUCCACGAGGACCGGGUGCUGUGCAAGGCCCACUAUCUCGAGACCCUCGACGGCGGCACGACUUCCUCGGACGACGGUUGUGAUGCGGAAGGCUACCACAAGAACAAGGCGAAACGUGUCCGCACCACGUUCACGGAGGAGCAGCUGCAGGUGUUGCAGGCGAAUUUUCAGUUGGACUCGAAUCCGGACGGUCAGGAUUUGGAGAGGAUCGCCCAGAUCACCGGAUUGAGUAAACGGGUGACCCAAGUUUGGUUCCAGAACUCGAGGGCAAGACAGAAAAAGCACAUGCACACGGGAAAAGUCAAAACGCCACUACAUAAUGGCCGGGACGACUCCUUCGGAAGGCACAUUAACCUGCACUUGAGCUACUCCUUCCAGCAAAACAACAACAAAGGAUCGUCAAUAUUUUCACAACCUGAUUCCAGUUUGGACGAAUUGUCUCAAGAGUCAACCCUGCACUGCAUGCAGAACGAAGUGUAGACUUCCCCGUACAUUUUUUUUCGUCGUACUGCUCAUCCGUAAAAAUGAAGAGAACGAUUCUCUAUAAAAAACGAAGUCAUCUAGUUGAGUGAAAUGGAUUUAGCGUAGCCCAGUCUGCACCUAAGAAAACGGAUAUAAAAUAAAACAAUUGUUGGAUGUGUAUUCCAAUUUAAUUCGUGAUUUUUUAAUUGUACUGUACUUAGUAUUACUAUAUAUUGUUAGUCCUAUUUAUUUCGUUACACUAGCUAAAAGAAAAUAUUAAUAUUAUUCGCUACAUGUUAUACUCAAAGUUGAUUAUUGUACUGUUGUAAGUGUAAUACAAUUUUAAUAAACUUA